GCAAAGAACUGGACGGCUUUGACAAUUAGGGUAUCGUUCUCAUGGUCAUGCAUGUUGCUUGGUUGGUCUGUGCAGUAGACAUGUGCGCACGGAGCAUCGGAAGAAGUGAGGGAGAGUUGUUGAAGUUGUUGGACAACAUUGUACACUGUCGCCUGACCCCUUCUAUGGUUGUGGCUCGCCUACCGACGGAGAACAUGGUUGUUAGGGUGAGGGACAUAGAGACCUUGUUGGACAGAGGCGGUGAGCUGAACGACGAGGUCAUCAACUUCUACUUAGCAGUGCUCGUUCGGGACUGUCGUACAUCUUCUUUGAAAGUGUACAACUUUGUUUCUUUCCUCUUCACGAAAUUGCUACUUCAGGGUUGUAAAGGUGUCAGAAGAUGGACGAAAGAUGUCAAUCUUUUCGAACACAAGGUGCUACUCGUCCCCAUUCACAAGGAUAGUGAACACUGGCCUUUUUUGUCAGUGAACUUUGAAAAGGGUGUCGUACAGUUCGUCGAUUCUUAUUAUAAUGCAGUAUGCGACGCAACGUUCGCUGCGACUGCAUAUAGAGCGGUCGCGCAGUACCUGAACGAAGAGGCAAUGGACAGAGGGUUGCCCCAAGGCUAUGAUAACAUGAGAUUUCAAGUUCUCGCCAAAGGAGUGCCAAAGCAGGCUGACKGAUCCAGCUGUGGGGUUUUCAUGUUAAUGUUUGCUUCCUAUUWGGCGUGGGGACAAGAUCCGCCUUUUCAUUUCUCGAACAUUCACAUACCCGCUAUUAGAUGCAAGCUGGCGUCCAUCAUUUGUUCUGCAGUACCGCAGGGUGACUUCAUUCACCCACGCGUGGUGAAGGAAGCCCGCUUACCCACGACAGGGUCUCCGACUCCCAUCUCCGUUACCUUAGGGGAUGACAAGACCCAGCGCUGCUUCGAUCAGACGGUCACCGACCUCCCCUUCUUCCUCACUCUCGAGCCGACUGAUCGUUCCCCGGCGUCUCGUCGUCACCGCUCCUCUGCACAUUUYGAUGUGAUGGAGACGGGGUACGACUUCAUUCUCGGCACUCCGUGGUCUCGUCCGUUCCGCAGCACCGAGGCCGAUUGGGCGACCAACACGAUCGUUCUCAAAACGAAGUGUGGACAGACGUAUCGCGUACCUUUCAUAGGUACCACGACGAUACCACGCCCCGAUCCUCCUUCCCCGGAGCCUUCAGUUCCCACACCACCCCCCUCUAUCAAUGUCACCACGCCUCGGCAGUUCGCUCACUUCAUUCGACAGGACGACGUCACCUUCUUUAUGCUGGACAUGACGGAUCUCUUACACUAUGAUCCACCCUGUCCCGACGCCGAGCUCAUCCCUCUGGAGCUAGAUCCUCCCUCUAUCUCCAUGGCUCCCAUCUCUACUUCCGUCCCUCCGCCGUCCGUCGAGUCCACCCCGCCGUCGGGCGCUGACGUUGACGCUAAGGAGCUCGCACGAUAUACGGCUGACCUGGAGUCCGGAGUUCGUGACCUCAUCCGAGAGUACCACGACGUUUUCCCAUCGUCGUUCUCGUACGCCGGCAUCCCACCGAUGAGUGAUGUCAAGCACUCCAUUCAGCUUGUGCCUGACUAUCGUGUUCACCACCAGGCACCCUACAGACUCUCGAUUCCCGAGGCCACCAAACUCAAGCGUCAGCUUGAGGAUCUCCUGAGACUGGGUUUCAUUAAACCCAGCAACUCCCUGUGGGGUGCACCCGUCCUCUUUGCUCGCAAAGCGGAUGGAACUCUCUGUCUCUGCAUCGACUAUCGCGGUCUCAACCGCUACACGGUUAAGAACAGCUACCCCAUGCCUCGUUUCGAUGAGUUGUUCGACUGCCUAGCAGGCAACAGCUUCUUUACGAAGAUUGAUCUUCGUAGCGGUUACCAUCAGAUCCGCGUCGCUGCAGCCGACCAGCCGAAGACAGCGUUCCGAUCGCGCCUCAUCCACUACGAGCUUACGGUGAUGCCAUUCGGCCUCACCAAUGCACCCGCCACCUUCCAGAGGGCGAUGAACGACAUCUUCAGGGACAUCCUGGAGCAGUACGUUCUCGUCUACCUCGACGAUAUCCUGGUCUACAGUCGUACCCUUGAGGAGCACCUCAGACACCUCCGCGACGUCCUUGACCGCUUACGCAGACAUGGCUUCUACGCCAAGCUGAGCAAGUGCCGCUUUGCCCAACACACAGUGGAUUUCUUAGGACACUACGUGUCUGACUAGGGUCUCCACAUGGACGACACGAAGAUCACUGCUAUUGCGGAGUGGCCCGCCCCCACAUCCGCCAAGGAGCUUCACAGC